UCUCUAUUAAAUGUCUCCGCUCCGUCUGUAAUCCAUUAAUCUCGCUCUCUCUCUCUCUCUCUCCUACUAUUUCUUCUUUCAACUCCGCUUUCAAAACUCUUUCUUUUCCCCUCCUUUUUCUUCGGCCACUUUCAGCUCACUCGACUCCUUUUCCUCCUCUCAUUUCCGCACUUUGAUUCCUUCCAUAGCCCUCUGGUCUCUCCACAUCCGUCCCUCUCUCUUUCUCUUGUAUGUGCUCGGCGUAGAGAAAGCCCGGGGAGGGGGAUUGAAGCAGAGGCGCCGGACAUGGGCAAGUACAUGCGGAAAGCCAAGGUCUCCGGCGAGGUCGCCGUCAUGGAGGUCUCCCAUCAGUCCACCCUCGGCGUCCGCACCCGCGCCCGGGCACUCGCCGCCGCGGCCGCUCAGGACUCGUCCCGCACCUACCUCGAGCUACGGAGCCGCCGCCUCGAGAAGCCCCUCCCGCCGUCUCCCGCGUGCAAGCCGUGCAAGGACGCCCCCAGGCCCAACCCUAGGGGGAGCUCGCACAAGUCUGGCCCGGCUCCCAGGGCGAAUUCGGGGUCGGUGGGGUCCGUCUCGACGAGCAGGUGCCCGGCGGCGGCCAUCAUGUUGGCGCCGGCUGAUGCAGAGGUAUCGUAUGGGGAGAAUAUUCUGGAUGCCGAUGCGAGAGAGAGGGAGACCACACCUUGCAGUCUGAUAAGGGAUACAGAAUCUAUAGGGACCCUGGGUUCAGCAAACAGACCUACUAUUUCUACUAGAAUGCAAACUUCUCAUCAGAACAUCCCUACCGCUUAUGAGAUGGAAGAGUUCUUUGCUGGUGCAGAGCAACUCCAACAACAAACAUUUAUAGAAAGGUACAACUUCGAUCCCGUAAAUGACCAUCCGCUUCCUGGCCGGUAUGAAUGGAUAAAAAUUGACUUCAAGUAGGCAGAUCUUUAGCCGGGCAUGACUUCCUCCCCGCAUUCUCUCCUGUGAUCUCUGCCCAGAGUCUUGGAAGGAGCACGGGCCGCAAUGUUACGGAUCGCAAUCACCAUUGGUUAUCUUCUGUUGUAGAAGUUGAAAGGUCCUGAAGAUAGGUGCAGUCUAGAGUUGUGUAACAUAGAGAGCUGAUGAGAUGCUCUUCGAUGCCUGAACCUGACAAACUUCAUGCUUGUUGUAACUCUUCAACAUCAUGUCAAGGUAUCAUAGGGGUCAUUGAUCUGUGAAUUUGUCACUAACAAUAGAACCAACUCAUCAUGGGACUCUUACUGGGUUAGAUGAAUACGGUGCUGCAUCUGAUUCAUUUGUUUGGAUGAUUCGUCCAUGCUUCCUUCUGAUGGACUUAUGUGUUGACGGUGAAACAAAGUUGGUCGUGUG